AUGUUGCUACGAUACGAAGACGCCGCGAUGCGUCCGCUGGAAAUUUACAAGAAAAUCUCGCGGUUUGCCAGAAUCGAAGAGUCGGAGGUGGUCAGAGAGUGGUUGAAACGAAAUACGGAGUUUGCGUGGGACAGCGACGACGUAUAUUCGACGUCGCGAAAUUCUACGGCUUCGGUUAGCGAGUGGAGAAGGAAAUUUCCUUUCAAGUUGGUGAAUGAAGUGCAGGAUCAGUGCGCUGAGGUCAUGAGGAUCUUGGGUUACCUGCCCGCAUCAAGUGAAAAAGAAUUACUGAACAUAAGCGGGACUGAUCUUUUCUGA